CGAUGCCAGUGGAAAAUUUCUGGACAAAGUCGGCGAUCGGGAGGGAUAUUUAUCCGAACGUAGCUUCCUUUAGGUUGAAUUUGAAGGAUUGAGAAGGGGGGAAUGGCGGGGGCUGUGACGGCGGCGUCGCAGUCUGUGUUGGCGGUGCAGUCGCGGCGGAUAGUCUAUCGACCUAGCUCAGUUGCAGCCCCGAUUGGCGGCGGCUCGUUUUGUUCCUCGAACGUCAAGCUUGUCUCAAAUUUUCCGAGGAUUAAUUUGAGGUGCAAUUGUAGUUCUGGUGAUUCAGGUGAGAACCAGAGCAGAACAAUUCUAGAUGCAUUUUUCUUGGGGAAGGCUGUGGCAGAAGCUGUCAACGAGCGGGUAGAGUCGGCUGUGGGAGAGUUUCUUAGCGUCAUCGGCAGACUGCAAGCCGAGCAGCAGAAGCAGAUUCAAGAAUUUCAGGACGACGUGCUAGAAAAAGCUCAACGGGCAAAAGAACAAGCUGCCCGCGAAGCUAUGGGAUCACAGGGACUUUUCCGCAAAACAGCUUCAUCUUCGACUGUCAAUGGCGUCGCUUCGGAUGCUGUGUUGUCAUCAUCAUCAUCAUCAUCAGCCUCAAUCUCUGAGGUAAAGGAGGAGGAGGACUGACUGUUCAAAUGGAGGCAAGUAAGUAAAAGUAUCUGCUGUUGAUUAUAUAUAAGUUUUGAAUCAUUUGAACACAAUUGAGUUUUUGUUCCAUCAUAUUUGAACAACAAUCAUAUAUCAUCCUUCCCAUUUCUAACUUCUUCUUCCACAACAAUCUAAGCAUCGCUAUCACUGCUCACCAAAAUUUAAGGAACCUAGUUGAACAAUGAGAUAUUGUUUCAUUA